AUGGCUACGUCAUCCACAACGAUGUUGUCGGAGCAGAUGCUUGGGAGGGCAAGGCCAAAGCCUAUGUACGAGGAUGAAGAAGGUGUCCUAUCUAUUCUCGACGCUGCUACCAACGACCUGGCGUUGCUCAUCAACAACUUGGACCUUCAAGCUACACCUGGUACUCCAGAUCUGAUGCCACUUCGCCCAUCUCCUCUUUCGACUGUUGAGAAGGAUGCAUCCGACUCUGCAUCUCUCUCCCUCCCAGGUUCUACAGAGAGCAAUGACAGCCCUGCGCCCAAGUCCAGCAGGAGAUGUGCAACCGUUGCCGACAGCCCGCUCAAAUGCACUCUUCACGGAAGCAUGGCAUCUUUCAGCUCGUUGAUGCCGUACGCCCAGUCUCGCGGUAGGCCAAAGUCGGAGCAGGACAUGGCCAAUGCAGCUAACUACGGAGAUUGGCGUUCUGUCCGAGUAUAUAAGCCCUCUCAACGGACGCUAAAUGCCAAUCGUGUCUUAACCACUUACCACCACCACUGCACCAACACUGUCUUCCACAGCAUCCUCAUCCUCCCAGCUGGGUAA